GUUCAAAAGAAUUGUAUUUGGGUGAUGAUUUUGAAACUACUCAGGCGGGGUUGUACAUAAGAACUGCGUUCAUUGUCGGUGGGUAAACUGAAUCAGUCUGGACACAUCAAGUUUUUAAGGGGCGGGGAAAUACUUGGGUGUUGCCCAUCUGCGGGGAAAUCGACGAAGAGUCCAGCGGCUCACAAAAUUAGUCAAAAUCAGGACUUUUUUCUCUUGUUCGACCGCAUAGUACUGUAUCUGUUGCCUAUCGCAUCACCACCGAACGAAACCUGAACAUUUUAAUCAUGGGAGUCGAAGGCUGCACAAAAUGUAUUAAAUACAUUCUUUUCUUCUUCAACUUCAUUUUCUGGCUUGCUGGAGGUGUGGUCCUUGGCGUGGCACUGUGGAUUCGACAUGAUGGCAGCACUAGCAACCUGCUACAGUUGGAGUUUGAUGGCCAACAAGCCCCAUCUACCUUCUUAAAGGGUGUGCACAUUCUGAUUGCUGUUGGUGCAGUGAUGAUGGUUGUUGGGUUCCUCGGUUGCUAUGGUGCCAUUCAGGAGUCUCAGUGUCUUCUUGGAACAUUCUUUGCCUGCUUGGUAAUCCUGUUCGCUUGUGAGGUGGCAGCUGGAAUCUUUGGAUUCAUGCACAGAGAUUCGAUUUCCAAAGAUCUAAUUACCUUCUAUGACAAUGUGUACACUAAUGCUGUAGCUACAAGUUUGAUUGACAAUGACAAGAAACAAGCUGCAGCUGCUGCUCUGAAGGUUUUCCAUGAGACUCUGGACUGCUGUGGCAGAGGCUACAAGAAUGUAAUCUCAACAAGUUUAACCCAAACCACUACGGACAUCUGCCCCAAGACUGUCUCUGCUUCUAUUACGGACUGUCACGUCAAGAUCAGUGAGAUUUUUACAAAGAAGAUUUACUUGAUUGGCAUUGCUGCUCUGGUAGUUGCUGUUAUUAUGAUUUUUGAGAUGACCUUUAGCAUGGUCCUGUGCUGUGGUAUCCGCAACAGCCCUGUGUACUAACGUCCUGAAGGAAGGAGCAAGGCCUGGUGGCCUAGUCAAUGACUGAAGGAAAAGAUGGAUCUUCUGUCUUGUUUUUAUAAACUGUAAAUUCUUCAAAUAGUUGCUUUCCAAAUUUGUGGUACAAGAAAAACAUAUGUUCUUGCACGUUUUUGAUUAUACAGUAUCAACUGUUCUUGACAUAAAUAGCUGUUCAAUAUUGACCGAUGUCAGUCUGUAGAAAAUGUUGAGAUUUACUUUGGCAUGGCAUAAGAACACACAUACACAGCCAAGUAGAAAUUCGGGAAUUAUCUUGUGUUAAUGGUGAUGUAAUGUUAUUUUGCUGAGUCCAACAUAUUGUAUUCUGUUGGUUUAUCAAUGUAUUUUCAAAUGUAUGUACAGUAUAUACUGUAGAUAUUUGCAGUGCUAUAUAACUGUCAAGCAUGGAUAUUAAAUUGAAUCCCUUUUCCCCACUAUUUUCUGCAAAAUGCUUAUCUAGCACUAAAAAGUAUUGAAUUGGUACUUUUGAGUUUAAUGUUCCGUCUAAAACCAAGAUGACAGAGGUGAUCGUUUCCACUAAAAAGGCUUAAUGCCUAUCCGCCUUAUGCAUGGAAUUUUCCAUCUUUUCUGACAUGUUCAGUUAGAACUAGAUUGAAUAUCCUGUCCUUAAACUUUUGUUAUUCAUAGCGACCGAAAGGUCACCUCUUCAGCCAUUCAGAGGAAUGUAGUUUAUUUUCUAAUAAUCUUUUUUACAACUGCUUACUAUGCCGACAGCCAAAUGUGCUAUUAUGCUGGGACAUGUUCAACAAUGUUAUAACUAUGCUGUAUGAUGACACUGUAUAUUGCCACUGAACAUGCAGUUGUGAGAGACUGUUUGUGUGUCUAGGAGUCAGAUACAGGCAAUGUCAACAGAACUCUUAAGACCAACUCACUACCACUAGGGGGAAGAGCUGUUGCAGUGCUCCAAAAUAUUCCACAGUUGUAUUUCCAAAGCCAGGGGAAGCUUAAAGCCUGUGGGAGCUCAUACAUUCUUCAUCCACUUUGACCAGGGUUGCCUGCUGAACUGCAAUGCACACCUCUGCCAGGUUCCAUUUUGAUCUUAAGCCCUAUUGGCAGAGGAUACGUUUUGCUGUGGUGUACAAAUCAACAUUUUUAAGUAUUUUACUUACUGGGCGGGUAAUUAUUCCAGGACAUCAGGUUAUAGUGAUGUGUGAAUUAACAUCUCAGCUGUAUUUUGAGAGAAACAAAAUUUGAGAGGUGCUGCUCACAGAUGGAAAUAUUAAAAUAAUGCUAGACAGAAACUGAUUUUUAAAACAACGUGCAGUAUAUAGCUUAUAUGAACGGGUUUAUAGGUAUCGACCUAAUUUUCUUCUUUUGUGUACUGAAUCUGGCUGCAACGGCAAGCGUAUUCACAACCCUGCGGUAACGUAGGGAGGCUCUUAACGGUUCACAUGUGAACCCGAAUAAAUACAUUUUAUACAAAUGUAUACAAUUAAUACGUUGCUCUCCCCACUGAAGCGAUUUGGUUACCACCUACGUACGUGAAAAACAAAAUUUUUGCUGCAGCGAAAAGAACCAAAAAAAAGAAUACUUUUUACUAGUGGGCGAGUAAUAAUUACAGGACAUAACGUAAUAGUAAUGUGUGAAUCGACAGCUUAGCUGUAUUUUGAGAGGAGCUAAUUAGUUUGAGAAGUUCUGCUCACAGUUGAAGAUAAAAAUAACACAUCAUAGAAACUAAUGUUUAAAACAACGUGCUGUACGCUAUUGCUUAUAUGAACGGGCGACUUAUUUUUUCUGCUUUUGUGUACUAAUCUGGCUGAAGCGGCAAGCGUAUUCAUAACUACGGUACCCUACCGAGGCUGUUAACGUUCACACGUGAACCCGAAUAUACACUGUUCAGUUUAAACCAGAUCCUUUUGUUCGCAUUAAAAUCAAAAUUCUAACAAUUGUUGGCAGUUUUAGAACUGUUGUUUUGUUGAGCCGAACUUGAGUUGGAAAAGCUAGUUGUACAUUGGCGACACGUAAAAUCCUCAAGUUUCGCUUGAAUCUCUAGAUUGGCGGCAUUUUGCCAUUCCAGUACACACGUAUUAUUAGCCUCGUCCAAAUUAAUUUAGUCCCAAGCAACAAAACCUUAACCGCAAGCGAAAACAAUCUACAUUCCGUUUUCUGUCGCGAUCUGUCUGACUGCAGCUGGUGGAAUUUGGUAACUUCAAACUGGAACUACACAAACUAUUUUAUAUGGCCACCACACACUAGGCUCUGUUAUUCGGCAAUAAUGUAAUUGGUAGCUAAAUAAUGAAUUUUUUUCAGGCUGGUCAAUAAAGUCACAUCGAAACCGGUUGAAACGCAGAUUGAUACCAUUGUGAACAAAACCGACUAGUAAACACAGGAAUUAUUAAAUUUAAAAAAAUUGGGUUUGGAUUUUGUGAAAAUUAUUCCUCGUUAUUUUGAAGAAUACAACAUCAACUGUUUCUUUGAGAUAAAUAACACAACUAGUCUUAGUAUGAGGUGUUUUGGAAUAGGUUUCCACUUACAAUGUAGCUUUUGUUGAUCGGGACGCACAGUUUAAAUUCAUGAAUUUGGACAAUGCUAAUUCAAGACUGUGAUACAUUUGAAUAAUGGCUUGAUAUAUUUUCACGGGCCUUCCAGAACAACUCAAGGGAAGCGUUAUUUUCCCAAAAUGUAAAUCUAGGUCGAACUAUUCCUUAUAGGGAGGGUUUCAGCACAUAGGGUUUCAGCACAUAGGGUCCCCAUGUCCCAUUAGGAAUGACGUCCCUCCCAAUAAUUUCAUUGUUAAACAAAGAUUGUUUAACAAUGUUUCGCUCAUUGUACUUUAUUUGAAAUUGUGCUUUCAUCUAGCAUUAUAUGUGUUUUCUGUGUUGCAUGUUUUGGAAAUUAACUUCCGUAACUCGUGACAAUAUAUUUGUGUACUGUACCGAAAACGCAUGGUGCCGUGACAUACAAACCGCAAUACGUACCGUACUGUGGGUUAGGAGAACUAUUGUAGCCCUAAUAUUGAAAUGUUAUGGCGACACCACUUUUAGGAACUGAUCAAAUGUUACCCAUAUAGACAGUUAUCGCCUUGACAUGUUGAGAUAUACGAAUAGAAUAAAACUAGCUUUCGCCAUACCACUACAUUUAUAUUAAAUACAUAAUCUAUACAGGGGCAGAUUGAGGAAUCUUUUGUGAAUUGAUCUCUGGAAUAACUGGCGUUCUAAGCCAUUAUGUUAGGUGAAAUCAAUAAUGUAAAUUCUCCAUUUGGUCCAAGGACGAGCUACCAAUCUUUGUUAACCUAUCCAGCACUUUUAAUCUAUUUAAAGUACCGUAUGGAUUAGGAACAGAAGAGGAACCGGGUGCUUAAUGAAACAUUUAGCCACGGCUCUAUUUACUCUACGUCCAUUCAUAUCAGACCCAGUCUUGUCACUAAACCUUGAGUCCCACGUCCCCCGCGGGGCUCGAAUCCAUGUAGAUUCACGAGUUUCUAUGGUUAAGUCCAAGUCCUGGCCGCCCAUUGUCGAGUCACGAUUUUCUUAUGACCCACGUCUCAGUUCUGGUGACGGAGUCCUGGUCCGAUUGCUCAAGUCCAGUCACAUUGUCCACAUUAACUACAAAUAAAGAUAUCUAUCCUGUCAAAUAUAGUGUAAUGGUAAUAUAAAUUUACAUAUUGUUUACAUAUUUAUGCCAUUGGUUAUAUCAGCAGAGCGGUAUUUCGAAAACCAAAACAUUUAAGUGAAUUUGAAGAAAACCGGAAUUUUCCCAAUAUGUACUGUAUUUUGCAAAUAAAAUGCUUUGUACAGCAGAAUAAAUACAUAAAACACCCAAGCCCCUGUUGUAUUAUAAAAGCAGGUGUUGCCUAAAUAAUACAGUCCGCAAGUAGAGAACCCUAGUUGUAGAACUGCCCGCACAAUAUGUUUUAUACAUUUAAGACGUGACUCUUAAAUCUAAAGAAAAAUGUAGUUCUGAUUACGUUAAUUAUCUUUUGAACGGUACAGGCUAUGAUAAAUCUGUUCACGCUUACCAAGAGAGACGUUUAGCUUGGCGGUUGCCAGACUUUUGGUUAAGCAAACCAAUGACUCAACUUUUCAGAAUAACCUGAAAAGUUGAGUCUAAGUCCUGCUAUCUACCGGGCUCACAUCUGUAAACGCUAGUACUGCUCCCUCUUUGAAAAGCCUGUUUCUUAUGGUAGGAACAGGACUCCUGUUAGGAUAGUCUUUACAAACCCAGAUAAACUAAGUCAACCUGGUUAUCCAGCAACAUUGUAGAGACAAGUCCAAUUGUUCUAUUGAACAAGGACAGCCAUAUCUACCUGCCACUAGUGCAUCGAGCAAUCGGCCAAUCGUAAACGCUACAAUAAUUGCUACAAAACAUGACCAUUCAUUUUUAGAUCAGACAGCAAACUCAAUCAACCAAUGCUGUCAUAAAUUCUUUGAACUUCCCCAGUGCAAAAUAAAAACAAAAACACUGCUGUGGUGCAUACUUAUAUCUGAAUCACCUCCAAUCACUUGUAAUUAUGUUGGGAGACACCAAUUUGUUUUACGGUUUUGCCUUUGAUAUUCACCUAUGCACACUAUCUCUCAGACAUACUCCAUCAUUGUUGUAAUCCUGAUAAUGUAUUUUUUGGCUAAGUACAUCCAUUUCUUGCUAACACAAUGUCUAUAUUAAUGUACAAUUGUGUUGUAACAUGUACAUUAGGGCUUUUAAAAUUCAGUUCUGGAAUAACCUCUUUUCAUCCUCUCCUAAUCAGCUCUCCUAAUCAGGGACUUAUUUAGACCUAGGAUAAAAGGUAAUUGAAACUAACUACAAGCUAAAACAAAAAUAAGACUGGUCUUGGAGGGCCAGAACAUGAGUGGGUGAGGAGGAAGCCCUGAUGUACAGCUAUAUUAUAUUACCAAUGACCAUGUUUAGACAAUGUAUGCCUUUUAAUUGUGAUAUUUUGUCUGAUAAGUACAAAAGAAAAACAUCAGCUUCAGUGGCAGUGUGCUGCACUAAGAAAUAAGUAGGGUUACUGGAGGUUAGUAACAUGACAGCCCAUGCUGUAGAACACAAAGGUGAAAGGAAAAUGCCAGCAAAAGGGUCUCUCUUAUGAGUCUGUCACUGCCCUAUUGAAAAACCCUAUAGUAGAAGUGACUGAGACUUUAUAGCCCACUGCCACUCAUCUGUGCCAUUAUUCUCCUGUUAUAUAUUUGGUUUUGUUGCCAAAGUAUUAAGGGAUUAAAUGUAUUUUACAAAUAA